AUGGCGUCCAGUGCGGUUGGAGCCUCGCAGACCAAGCUGAACGAGCUGCUCGAGGCGGUUCGCCAGGAAUUCGCGCAAAUCUCUCAGGAUGCGAAAACGUACCGAUUGCAGAACCAGAAGGACUACGAUUUCAAGAUCAACCAGCAGCUGGCUGAGAUGCAGCAGAUACGCAACACUGUGUACGAGCUGGAGCUGACGCACCGCAAGAUGAAGGACGCGUAUGAGGAAGAGAUUGGACGGUUGAAGCUGGAAGUCGAGAAACGCGACCGCCAGCUCGCCGGGUUCGCUGCGACCCAGCAGCAGCAGCAGCAGCAGCAGCAGCAGCAGCAGCCACAGCCGCCUCCGGCACCUGUGGCUGGCCAGAUCAAGGCAGGCGACACGCUGGCCGCGCUGCAGGCGGGCGCACCGGCGGGCACGCCCGCCGGUGCUGUUGUGCCCGCGGCAUUGCCCGCGGCAGGGCCUGGUGCGCAUGCCGCAGGCCUCGGUGCUGGCGGCCCUGCCGCGUCGGGAGUCGCCCAGCCGACAAUUGUGCCUCCCAAGCCUGCGAAACCCGCAGUUGGCGUGCCACCAAAAGGUGUACAGUCCGCGGAACAGCAACAACAGCCCGCCACUGGCGCUGGUGCCACGGCUGUGUCCGAAACGACAGGAGCCGCUCCUGCGUCGGCAGCUAAUGUCGCGACCCACGACCAGUCCGUCGCCCGCAGUCCCGCUCAACCGCCGGUCCUAGCGACACCUACAGCUGCGUCGGCCUCUCCGGCGAACGAAACAAAGUCCCAGGAGUAUUACCUGGUACCCCCACACCAGCGUGCAAGCCAUGCCAAGCCCAUCCCGCCCUUUUUGCUGGAUCUGGACUCGCAGCUUGUGCCCGCGCAUUUGAAAAAACAAACCAACGACUACUACAUUCUUUACAACCCAGCUCUGCCUCGCGAACUCGACGUCGACCUGCACGCGUCGCUCGACCAUUCCUCGGUUGUGUGCUGCGUGCGUUUCAGUAGCGACGGCGAGUAUCUCGCCACGGGUUGCAACAAGACCACUCAGGUGUACAAAGUGUCUACGGGUGAACUCAUUGCGAGACUUUCGGAAGAAACCGCCGCUGCGGCGGCCAAUGCGAACAACGGCGACGGCGCCAGGAACGACGAGUCCACUGCCAACGCCGCCGCUGCAUCUGCUGCGUCCUCGUCUUCUGACCUUUAUAUCAGAUCCGUGUGUUUUUCCCCGGAUGGAAAGUUUUUGGCCACGGGUGCUGAGGACAAACUUAUCAGAAUCUGGGAUCUGUCCACCAAGCAAAUUGUGACCACCCUUGAGGGCCACGAGCAAGACAUUUACUCCUUGGAUUAUUUCCCUUCGGGCGACAAAUUGGUCUCGGGCUCCGGAGACAGAAGCGUUCGGAUCUGGGAUUUACGUACCGGACAAUGCUCGCUGACUUUAUCUAUAGAAGAUGGCGUUACUACCGUUGCCGUUUCUCCAGGAGACGGCAAGUUUAUCGCUGCGGGUUCUCUCGACCGGACCGUACGCGUUUGGGAUUCUGAGACUGGAUUUCUGGUGGAAAGACUAGACUCCGAAAACGAGCGUGGCACAGGCCACAAGGAUUCCGUUUACAGCGUUGUUUUCACUCGCGACGGCCAUGGAGUUGUGUCGGGUUCCUUGGACAGAUCGGUUAAACUUUGGAGCUUACGCAGCGUCAAUGGCGCAUCUGCGGACGGGAAACCAAACAAAGCGGCCAGUGAAGUUACCUACACGGGUCAUAAAGAUUUCGUAUUAUCUGUUGCCACUACUCAGAACGACGAAUACAUACUGUCCGGCUCCAAAGACCGAGGUGUUUUGUUUUGGGAUACGCCAUCUGGUAACCCUCUGCUAAUGCUUCAAGGUCAUCGAAAUUCCGUCAUAUCCGUAGCCGUCGCCAAUGGGCACCCAUUGGGUCCCGACUAUGGAGUGUUCGCUACCGGAAGUGGCGACUGCAAAGCUCGCAUUUGGAAAUACACCAGGACAGGAUCUCAUUCGGAGCCUAAAAUCAAAGAAGUAACGGACUAG